CCUAAUUCUCUUUCUCUCAGAUUUUCAUCGUCAAGCUUUUGGAACACUUCCUCGUCUCUCUGCCAUCGUAAGUUCCAAAAACUUUCUCUUCCUGUAGUUAAAACCCUAAUUUAUGGCUAUGAUGAGAACUUCUCCUAGAGAUUCGAUAAGCAAUUUGCCAGAUGAGAUUCUUGGCAAAAUCUUGUCUUUGCUCCCGACAAAAGUGGCUGCUUCCACAUCGGUUCUGUCCAAGAGGUGGAGGAAUCUGUUGGGUCUUGUAGACAACCUCUGCUUUGAUGAGUCGAUGGUUGUUUAUCCCAACGAAGAAGAAGAAACAAGUGGUUCACUUCGCUUCUGUGAUUUCGUAGACAAGACAUUUGCUCUGUUAAGCAAUUCUCACAUCAAGAAGUUCUCUCUGUCUCGUGUAUAUAAGUAUAACGAUGAUGUAGACGGUAUGGUCCGGCGUUGGAUUCGGACUGUAAUGGAACGCGGUUUAUUGGAAAUACACUUGCACGCCACCCCCAUGUCUUUUGUUGCCAUAGAAACUAAGCUGUUAACGAGCAACACACUGGUUAAGCUCACACUAUCCGCUCGAUGUUUUGUUGAAGUAGAGCGUGUGUUUUUCCCUGCCCUCAAAUCACUUUCUCUCUUCUCAAUUCUGGGUGAUUAUACCAACUAUAUACGGCUCAUCGAUGGCUGCCCUGUGUUGGAAGAAUUAUACAUGCGUGAUGGUGAUUAUCCGUUCUUGCGGCUUACUUGUGGUACCAACGUGGAAAGUGCAUCCCUCAAGCGACUUGUGAUUUUUACCCAUAAUCCAAAUGAAAUGAUUUGGCACGAACUGAUUUAUUUUGAAGCACCAAGUCUUGUCUACCUUGACUAUUCCAGUUAUGUCUCGGCUAAGUAUGAUGUUGUUGAUUUCGAUUUGCUUGUCGAAGCCAGGCUGAGUCUCAGGUUAUGGGUGUCAACUAACGAUUAUGAUUAUUCUGAUGAUGAUGAUGAUGAUGAUGAUGAUGAUGAUGAUGAUGAUGAUGAUGAUGAUGAUGAUGAUGAUGAUGAUGAUGAUGAUGAUGAUGAUGAUGAUGAUGAUGAUGAUGAUGAUGAUGAUGAUGGUGAUUAUUAUAUUGUAGAACCAAAGGCGCCUAUAUUUGGUGAUGUUACAGAACUACUUGCGGCUAUACGCAACAUUACGACCCUUCACUUGUCUCCUGAUUCCCUUGAGGUGUUUCAUUUCUGCUGUAAAUCCAUGCCCGUGUUCAACAACCUCCUUAAUUUAUCUAUUGAGAGUAACAAGGAUAAAGGUUGGCAAGUAAUGCCACUUCUCCUCAAGAGUUGUCCAAAUCUACACACCUUAGUCAUCAAGGGUCUUGUCCACAGAGUAACUAGUAGAUGUGGAGAUGCAUGCGCUUGCAUACCUAAGAAGCAGAGGAAGAUUGUACAGAAAGAAGAGGCAUUAUGUUGUCUGCGGACAUGUCAAGUGAAGGUGCUACAGAUUUCAGAGUAUGGAGGUUAUUUUCAAGAGCUGAAACAGAUGAGACAUUUCUUGGGCAAGUUGGAAUGUCUUGAAACCGUGAAAGUUGGUGUUCACGCAGAAAACAACAACAACAGUGAGUUCUUGCGAGCUAAUGUGCUGACUCUUCCCAGAGUUUCAGCAAAGUGCAACGUCCACUUCAUCUGAUUUUCUUUCUUUAUCUUUCUUUGUUAUAUAUAUAGCAAUAGUUUAUGGUUAAGAGAAACGCAGAAUAUUGGGGAAUUAUCAAUUAUGCAAGUUUAGUUGUGCUUGUGGCAGCAAUCAUCAAAACUUGCACAUCAAAUUGUAUAAGUGACUCUUUUAGGUAAAAAAUAA